CACCUAGCCCGGAAUGGGACUCUCUAAACUGAGGCUCACACCAUUGCCAGGCAGUGGCUUUGGCCCUGAGUUUAUUCCUGUGAAAAUGGGGAGUCAGAGGAUGGGGCUCAAAGGCUUGGCCUGACAAGAAUGUCUUGUUCCCUGGACUUUCCCACAGGAUUCCUUUGGAGCACCUUGAGGAUGAGCAUCAGGAGCCCACCCACACUCCUGCAGCUGGCAGCAGAGAGCCUGCUGAGGGACCAGGCCUUGGCCAUCGCAGCUCUGGAGUACCUGCCCGCUGAGCUCUUCCCGCAGCUGUUCAUUCAGGCCUACCGAAGUAGACGCCACCAGGUCCUGAAGGCGAUCACACAAGCCUGGCCCUUCACUGUCCUCCCUCUGGGCGGUCUGCCACACCUGUCACUGGAUGAGGUCUUCAAAGCCGUGUUGGAUGGGCUUGACGUUGUGCUUGCCCAGGAUGUUCGCCUCAGGAGGUGCAAACUGCGGGUGCUGGAUUUAAGGUACAUGGCUCCCAACUUCUGGAAAAUAUGGUGUGGAGACAGCACCCAGAAGUACUCACCGAUUUUUCCAGUGACUGAGCACAGGUCCAGCCCCAACAUGGAGCACCCCUUAGCUCCCGUGGAGGUGUUCCUAGACCUUAACUUUAAUGAAAAGAACAGGGAAGAGUUUCUCAUGUACGUCAUCCAAUGGGCCCAGCAGAGGGAAGGGCUGCUACACCUGUGCUGCAAGACGCUGAGGAUUGCUGCGGUGCCCUUCUACAGGGUGAGGAAGGUCCUGGAUGCGGUGCAGCUGGACUGCAUCCAGCAGGUGGACCUGAGCUGCACCUGGGACCUGCCCACCCUGGGGACGUUUGCUCUUUAUAUGGGGCAGAUGGGGAACCUGCAGAAACUCUUUCUCUUCCACAUCCAAGUGCUGGGUGAAGAGGAGGAGGAGGAGGAAUACGAGGAAGAGGAGGAAGAGGAGGAGGAAGAGGAAUUGGAUUGGGAAGAGGAGUGGGCGAGGGAGGAGCAAGAGGAACAGAUAUCCUUUUUCCAGUUUUUCUCUCAGAUGCUCAGCCCACUGCACCUCCGCGAGCUGGUCCUGGAUUCUCCCUCCUUCCUCCGAGGCCGUCUGCACCAGAUGCUCAGUUGCCUGCAGUCCCCCUUGGAAAAACUCCUCAUAAAUCGUUGCCGGCGCCUUACCCAUUCAGACCUGGAACACCUAUUCCAGUGCCCGCACCUCAGGCAGCUAAAGUCCCUGCGUCUGUGUUGUGCCAGCCUCGCUGAUUUUAGUCCUGAGCCACUCCGAGCUCUGCUGGAGGCAUUGGCACCAACCCUCCAGGAACUGUACCUCGAGAACUGUGCCAUGGUGGACUCUCAAGUGGAAGCCAUCCUGCCUGUCCUGAGCCGCUGUCACCAGCUGAGAGAGUUCACCCUCAGGAAGAACCGCCUCUCUGUGGCCACCGUGGAGAAGCUGCUGCGCCACACAGCCGGGCUGCGCAGCUUAGACUAUGAGUAUUACCCGGUCCCACGGGAGUGUUACACGACCCUGGGCACUGUCAACUGGGACAGACUCGCCCUGGUCCGGGCUGAGCUGAAGGGGAUUCUGAGGGAGUUAGGACAGCCCAGGGCCAUCAAGCUUGCCACCGACAGGGGCUACAUCGAGUUUUAUGAAGUUACAUUUUCAUGACUGGGAGCCCGUGCUGUUCCCCUGUAUGGACCCUGCUCAGUGGGUGGACCCAGCAAAGGCUUCUUUCUGGGCCUUUGGAAGCUGAAACCUUGGAU